GAUGCGUAAGAACUUUCAACCCAGCCGCUGCAAUAAGGAGCGUCUUCACUACUCUUCCCAGAGUUGCACCCUCUGUUUCUACUGCUUACAUCACCCCCAGAGCGACGUUUCUUCGAAUUGCGUUUUCAUCAUGCAAUUGUAAAACGAAAUCGAAAUCGAAUGGAUAUGGAAAACCAUACAUGAUCUAUCUUCAUCUCUAGAAGCAUGGUUUAUUGCUAGACUCCUUUCAUAAAUUCAUUCUCGAUGAUCUUGUUGCGCCCGCGACCAGGCCGUCGCAAGGACGGCAGUGCGUCUACCUUUUCCGGCUUCGUGCACACGUUUUCUGAGGAAACACUUAGAUUUAUGUACGUGGCGACUGUCUUCCUGCACUUUUGUGAUUGGGGGCUGCUGCGCACAGCCACAGCGUCUUCGUUGAUCAAUGACAAGAGAACCGCCGACUCGCAAACGAGUAUUUUGCGGGGCAGGAAGAGGAACAGCCGGGAGAGCAGCAGCCGUGAUGGAAGUAUGGCAUCACGUAGAUCAGGUGGUUAUGCUCGACCUCUGCGAGAUCGAGAUGAGGAAAAUAAAAGUGCCUUACUAGGCUCUCCCCGAGCGCGAAAUCGUUCUCGGGGCCAGGAGUUGCUGGUUCCGUCACAAGAGACAUCGACCGAGGAAGAGACCACACGGGCUUCCCCUGGUGGAAAGGGCAAUCAGACUGAUGGUGAUGAUACCGCAAAAGUUUGCAAGCUCAGCAGCACUGGUGUGGUAACAAAAAAAAUGCGGAAACCCACGAAGAAGGUCUUGCGUGCUUCCGACGACGCGCAAGAGAGACUAAGGCACAUGUUUGGAGAGCAUUCCUGGCGCAGUUGCAAGUGCUACGAUCGUAUGAAUUGCAAAUAUCGUCGUGCCCGGGUCCUGAAACUGGUGAUGCGGAAUUGUGGAUGGUUGGAUAGGAACAGUUCUAAGUGCAUCCAAGCAUGAUAAAUUUUUCAAACGACCCUUUCGCCGGCGCAGCGCUCACAAAGAAGGUGCGCUAUUGUGGGUUGUGCAACACUUUCAUCUGGUCCUUUGAAAGGAAUCAUGCAAGUUAAGCUGUGUAUUUGCAAGCUCAACUUUUCCGGAGACGGAGAUAUUUGCAUUGCAUAGGCCGACCACGCAGCGAUGAGGCAGAGCAGCGCAGACUCAACAACGAAAGCUCGUUGACUUCUUCCUUUUCAAUUGACGGCACCGCGGACUGCGGCACUUCGACAGCAGUGCGGCAGGCAUGUAGUGUUUGCAAGGAGUGGUCUGCAAGCAGUGACAGCACAGGCUGUGGAGGUUUCGCGCUGAAACAAGAAAACGGAAAGUGUGUAGGACGAGUGUAUCCGCAACCGCGGCAGCUUCUGACUGCAUCAUCCUCGGCAGCCGGUCAUACGAAGGGCAGUUUUCUGGAAAUGUUUCAACGUAAAUCUAAAUAUUUGGCGUCCGCGACCACUUCUGGAAACGAAAAGGCAAAGUCGAACCUCGGCGCCGCCAAAAGGCACCAGCAGGAUACCACUGCAGACAAGGAGGCGGACGGUAUCCAUAGCUCCGGGACGUGCGCGGUUAAUCGGCGGGGUCUGACUGCCGCCAUGUCGAAAACUUUUUCCGUUCUGGACACAAAGAUCUCCAAGGAAGACCAGGAGCGGAUGAACGACGCUGAACUGAGUUCGAAUGCCGAAAACGAUGUUGAGAGUCUUGGAAAUAGAAUCCAAACUGCCGCACUGCCGAACAAGAAUGCGGGUACCGGUGUCGUGUACGACACAGUGAAGUGGGUUCUGGAGCGAUCGGCACUCGCAAGUUCGAGCGAGAGCGCUGCCGCGAUUCCGGACCUCGCGCAUUCGGUUGUUAACGCGACGUUCCAGGAAGCGACGAACGGUGCGAUCGAUGAGCCGCCCGCUCGUCUGCAGAGUGCCAUCGUCCUAAUCGAACUCGAAGUCGCUGUAGUCACGUCAGUCCCGACGGGCGCCUAUGUUGGUCGUGACCCCGCAGACACCGCAAUGAGAGCAGCGAAGGAAGUGCUCGUAAGACGUGACGUCGAAGCGACGGAGGCCGGCUGGCUGGCGAAACGCUAUGUCGAGAGCUACUUCAAGCUUGGCGCUGCGGAUGAACUGAUAAAAGCAAAUAUUUUGGGGGCUUUGGGGCUUCCUGUACUGACACCUCUUCCCAAAAACGCGCUCAGGGACGCGGCGUUCGCGCGGCUGCAGAGGGUUGUGAAGAGCAAUGUCGGCGAUGAAGACAGAGGUGCCGUGGUGGCAGCCUUGACGCGGACGAUACUUGGGAUCGUUGACGGAGCGAGCAUUGAUGAAGCGACGGUCACCACGGACGCUGAAGCGAUUGCGGACGCGGCUAUCGUGUGGCAUUCGGAUCGGAAUGACACAACCCUUGCAGCCGUCCACCACGCCAUCAAAACCGCUCUCCUCGCCGCCGGGUUUACGUGGCCAGAUCAAAUGGAGCAUAACACGGAAAACACCGCUGCGGCAGACACGAUUGCGGACGGUAAUUCUACUGCGCUACCCAGCGCCGCUUCUGCAGAAGCACGGAUUCGCGCAUACGUGCGAGAUAACGAAGGGACGCAUCACCGAGACUUUGUGCGCAACCUAAGACCGAUUCUACAGACUGCAGGUCUGCCGCAAACCGGCUCACCACCACGGGAUCUUUUUCACGCGACUACCAUCGCUGACGCCGUUUGCGGCGUAGAUUCAUCAUGGGUUCUUCCAAAAGAGGAUAUCAACGUGGACGGUCUUUCCGCUGCGAUCACGGCGGCGCUCACCGAGGCUCAGACCUUUGCAGACACAGAUGAAACCUCCACCGUGGUCUCGUCCUUUCUAUUGAAGCUUGACGCACCAGAACACCAAGACAGGGCGUCGCUCGAAAAGCUCGAAGAUGUGGUACUCGAGGUCUACGGCGGUUUGGAAUCGACAGAGAAAGAAACCGUACGCGUAGCAGAGCUCUACGAAGCGGUCGAGCAAAAACGCUGGUGCGAACACGGCACCCAUGAGGACGAGUGUACGCCUUUUGUGUGCACUUUCACGCCAAGAAGCGAGCUCACCACGACUGAGCAACCAGUAGAACGACCCGACCGGCACAACGACGCGGACGCGUGGAGAUGGCUCGCAACCGUAGACGGCGACAUUGAUCUAAAUUUGCGUGUUCCGUAUCUUACGAAUGCACAAAUUGAGCUCGCAGGACUUGCGAAUGGCACGGAAAUAGUCGCGCAACAGAUCUUAUACCACUGGUAUUGCACGACCAGCACCAGUGAAGAGGUUGAGGGGGAGGACGCAGGGUUGCAAUCUCGAGCGCAUCAAGAAGGGAAGCCAGAUACCGAUGAGCAGUGGACGUUCUGGGUGCGAAGACAGUUCGACACCGCAUUGGAUUGCGGAGAAGUUCCGGGUUCACGACCCGCAACGGCUAGCGCCUCCAGCGAAAACGGCACAGCGGAUUCACUGGCAAUCCCGUCAGAUGAGAGCAAUAAAGGUACCGAUCCGGCGAACGGAACUAUUUCAGCGGCCCUGUCCUCCAGCAGGACUGCGCUGACGCCGGACGGCGCUUCGGGGCCGGCCCUGUUUCUCGCGUUGUGCGGCGGCUUCCUCGGGAUGUCAGCGCUUGUGUCGGUAAUUUACGUGUGUUGCUGCAUGGGCGGCGGGCGCAAUGCAGCUGGUAAUCUGUCCGAUCCCUACUCCGCGGGCGGGCACUACUCACAUUUGGAUCGGAAUUUCGUUGACCUAGCGCUGAACCGAACGUCUGAGGCAGACGACUUCGCGCGUGUCUCCGACGAGGAAUUUCCCACGGGUGAGUACACGGGUCCAAGGAUAAUUUCCUCUCCAAAGAAACACCAAGAGGGUAGUACUGGCGCUUCUGCCAUGUUGGACGACACGGUAGAUAAGAAAGCACGCAAGGUCAAGAAAGCCCAAUCUAAGGUCACUUUCCUGGAGCAAGGAUAUGUGGCUAUAACAACUAAAGCAUCAGGAUCGACGCAGGCCAAAAAGCAGCGUUCGGGCAAAAGCAGCGAGGAUCGAGCUCUAGUAGUUGAAGCGGCAAUGGAUUUACUGACGCCGCGCGGCCCCUCGGAGGAUUACAAUGCGGCCGAUUUGGCGCAACGGGGCAGAUCUGAAUCCGCGGGCUACGACGGAUCAACAUUCCUAAAUCCCGCGGUUGACUACGACAACGUUGGAGCCCAGAGCACCGAUGGCUUCAAGGGAGGCCGAAUGUCGACCGGGUCUGGACUGGAGGCAGUGGCUUCGGGACUCGAGCGAGCUGCGAAAACGCCCGAGCAGGUCAUUCAAGAGAAGUUCGCCACCAAGCAAAUUCCCGGACCACCUCCCGCUCCGCGCAUCAGGACCGACGCGGCUUUGCAGAAGGCGCCCAUUCCAAGGUGAAGCAGCUUACGCGUGCUGCGUCGAUGCGUUAGCUCGAUACGCACGACCUGUAGUUAGAUGAAAUUAAGACAGAAGUAGAAACUGUCCCCGUAAUAGCUACCUAGCAGGUAGAAUUUUUGACAACGACAAGAAAUCUACCCCAUUCAUCAUCCCAUAGGAUAGAUACCCAUUCUUUCAGAUAAAAAAGAACGCACGAUGACAAAAAG